GCUUGCGCACUUGGCCGUUCUUCCGGAGAGUCCCGACUCCACUUCUCGGAGACCGAUUGCGUGGAUUGAUGUCACGAGUGAAGAUGGCGCAGGAGCCCGAGGAGCUGAGUGAGGAUGGAGGGGCGACGGAUCCAGAGACGCGGGUACCGUCGGUGUCUGCGAGUGGCAGGGGCGCGGAGGAUGGCGGCUGGUCCACGCCAAUCCUGUCCCUGGCUAGGAAAGCAUCGGAAACGCUGACGGCGAACUACGGAAGUGCUUUGAAGUCUGCGGCCGUGGGUCUCGCUGCCAAAGCCAGCGGGGACAGCAGCGCCAGCAGCAAAAGUCUGAGUGAACAUAUGAAAAAUGAACGAAUCAACCUCAUGAAUAUGAUGAAGCUUAGCAUUAAAGUGCUAAUCCAGUCUGCACUAAGCCUGGGAAGAACUUUGGAUGCUGAUUACCCACCUCUUCAGCAGUUCUUUGUGGUAAUGGAGCAGUGUCUCAAACAUGGACUGAAAGUAAAGAAGACUUUUCUUGGACCGAACAAAUCAUUUUGGGGUCCUCUAGAAAUAGUGGAGAAGCUUUGUCCUGAGGCUGCUGAAAUAUCAGCAAGUGUCAAAGACCUACCGGGGCUUAAAACUCCAAUUGGAAGAGGAAGGGCGUGGCUUAAUCUUGCUCUAAUGCAAAAGAAAAUAGCUGAUUAUUUGAAGGCCUUGAUUGAUCGGAAAGAUCUACUGAGUGAAUUCUACGAUACAAAUGCACUGAUGAUGCAGGAUGAGGGAGCAGUUAUUGUUGGUCUCCUGGUGGGCCUUACAGUUAUCGAUGCAAAUCUUUGUUUAAAAGGAGAAGAUUUAGAUUCUCAGCUUGGUGUGAUUGACUUCUCAUUGUACCUGAAAGAUGGAGCUCAGGACCAUGCUGAUGGCAAACAGAGUACUGAAAUCACCAAAAUUCUUGACCAGAAACAUUACGUGGAAGAGCUCAACAGACAUUUGAGUGGCACAGUUUCUGACCUACAGGCAAAACUGGAUUUGUUGGAAAAGAUUAAUGCAAAACUCAUGGAAGAGCUUACAGCAGCAAAUGACCGAAUUCAGUCACUUCAGGAAGAACAGGAUCAAUUAAAGCAAGAAAAUUCAUCAAUCCUUGAAAGCAGCGAACGGCGAGUAGAGGUGAGUAGACAAGAUUCUGAAGUAGAGCUGGAAACGUACAGACAGACUCGGCAAGGUCUAGAUGAAAUGUACAAUGAAGUCUGGAAGCAGCUGAAGGAAGAGAAACGACUCAGAACGGAGCUAGAGAAAGAACUGGAAUUACAAGUAAGCUUGAAGCAAGAAAUGGAGACGGCCAUGAAGUUACUGGAGAAGGACACUCAUGAGAAGCAAGAUUCGCUGGUUGCUCUGCGACAACAGUUAGAAGAGGUGAAGGCUAUCAAUUUGCAGAUGUUUCACAAAGCCAAGAACUCUGAUGGGACAGUGCAACAGAAGACAGAAAUGAUAAACACUUUGGAGCAAAAGACGAACCAGAUGAUCAGCGCCACAAAACAAAUGGAAGAAAGAUUGCAACAGUCUGAAAGAGCCAGAAAGUCAGCAGAAGAAAAAAAUGGAAGGAUUAAACAGGAAUUUGUUAGCAAGAUUGAGAGUCUCCAGCAGCAACUUGGUGAACUGGACAAACAACGAUCUAUUUUGGAUUCUGAACUUAAAGCAGAGAAGGAACAGAGACAAAGUCUUCAGCUGCAACUGCAACAAGAGAGAGAUGCAACAUCCCAAUUAAAAACCCAGUUGCAGCAAAGGUCAGGGUUGGAGAAGGAAAUGCAAAGAUUGCAGGAUGAGAAAAAAGAACUGCAAAAGAUCUGUGAAGAACAAGAACAGGCCUUGCAAGAAAUGGGACUCCAUCUUAGUCAAUCAAAACUGAAAAUGGAGGACAUUAAGGAAGUCAAUAAGGCAUUAAAGGGAAAUGCCUGGCUUAAAGAUGAUGAAGCAACAUCUUGCAAACAAUGUGAGAAGGAAUUCUCAAUCUCCAGAAGAAAGCAUCACUGCAGAAACUGUGGUGAUAUCUUCUGCAACAACUGCUCCAGUAACGAAUUGGCACUUCCUUCUUACCCAAAGCCUGUGCGGGUCUGUGACAGUUGCCAUACACUACUACUUCAGCGAUGUUCUUCAAAUGCUUCCUGAAGAGAUGACAGCAGAAUUGUACCAGCUGUUGGUGCUUGCUCAUUUUAGCUCUACUGCAUCAGUAAAGGCAUUAAGUUCAAUGCCAAAUACUUCCUAAGGUCACAAUUGAAACCUUCAUUUGUCUAGGCAAAAGGGGUGGUGUUAAAUGGAUUGACUGUUCUAAAAGAUAGAAUAUUACUAAUAACAUUUUGCUUUACAAGUCCAUUGGAUUUCUGUGUACCCUUUUCUUCACUCUGGUAAUGAAUGUCACGUGUAAUGAUUGUUAAAAUGGUUUUAUGGGUCUGCAGCAUAUUUGUAUUUCAGAGCUAUUUUUCAGGGCUGUAUGUACCUUUGGUCAAUAAUAACAUUCACUACUUUUAAUGCUGUGUGAGACUUGUUUACAGGACGUGUAAGUGAUCUGGUCCUGUUGAAAACGAUAUUCAAGCCAGAGCAAGUUUUUUUUUGGAAAGUUGUAUCCUGGAAGAUUUAUAUAAGUCCACUAACUUUCUUCCCCUAAAUGUAUUAAAUAUGGGCUAAGUAUAAUGUGAAGGCUUUGCUCAGUGGUCUCAUUUUCACUAAGCUCUGCUUUAUACUGUGCAGAACUAUUAAAUUACCAAGAAUUUGGCAAACAACUGUUCUCCAUUGAGCGCUAAAUAGUGAACCAAAUGUUAAUGAGCUUUGAUUUUUACUCUUGUAUGUGUAUUAACUACUGUACUACAUUUAGGAUUUAAAUUGUGUCCAUUAAAUUCAAGUCCAUUUACAUUGUCAUAGGACAACAUCUAGAACUGAAUUCAACAAUCCAAGGUCCUUAUUCUUCAGUUUGCGCUUUAAUGAUUGUAUUUAGCCCCCUUAGGUUUAAGGUUCUGAUGUAACCCUAGAUAAAUUGUGUAUCCCUAAAUGUUUGUUUUCAUCGCUAGUUACAAAGUAUGUGGACAAUAUAUCUCUGGCUUUUAACUAUUAGAUAAGCAAAAAUCACUUAGCAUUAAUCAGUUACAUCCUCAGACUGUUAUAGCAUAAAUCAGUGGUUCCCAACCACCGGGCCACGAAGAUGAGUCAGCUGCACCUUUCCUCAUUCUGUCACACACUGUUGAACAUGAACAUAGGGUUGCCAACUGUCCCAUAUUUGCUGAGCUAUCCUGUACAUUGGGCUAAAUUGAUCUGUCCCACAGGGGACUGCCCUUGUGUUCCUAUGAAACUGUAAGUGGAAAUGGUGUAAAGCAAAGCAAUUACCAUUAAUUUAUAUGGGAAAAAUUUGAGCAUUCCCAGACCCAAAAAAUAACCUACCAAAUCAUACCAAAUAACGCAAAACCUAAAAUAACACUAACAUAUAGUAAAAGUAGGAAUGAUACGAUAAAUACACAGCCUAUACCAAGUAGAAAUGUAUGUACAGUGUAGUUUGUCAACAGUCGCAAAGAUUAAACAAAAACCAAUUUAUAGGAAAAAAUCAGUGUGCACACAGGUGCCCGCGCAAGGCUUCAUGGUUAUGGAAGUCUUUCUCAGGAUAAACACAAGUGUCCCAUAUUUGAUUUGAUUGCUACUUUUGUCCCGUAUUUGGGAGUGAAAAAGUUGGCAACCCUAACAGUAAAAGACAUGUUGGGAUGAGUUUAACUCUACUUGAAUACCCCCCCCCCCCCCAAGGUCAGCCAGCAAGAAUAUUGUCAAUAUUAAACCAGUCCACGGUGCAAAACAAGUUGAUGACCCUUGGUAUAAAUACACCAAAAAGCCAUGCCCUCUAUACCCUGACCUACCAAAAUUAAAACUAGUGAAAAAUUAAUGUUACCAUUGCCUUAUUCAAGUUUACAGCAUGAU